AUGGAUCGCUUCUCUUCGUCAUCAGCAGCUGCACAGGCAUGGCAAGGCGAUGCUGCUGGUCCAUCAAACCUAGAAACACCCCAAAUGGAUCACACCGCACUCUUUUCUGCAUCGACACCGACUUCGAGCACUCCUUCGCGACAGACGUUCCCGCGUCGACUGAGUCUGCUGCACAACGAUGUUGCUUCGCCUGCUCGCGCUAGCACCGGCAGUGAUGAUGCAGCGCGAAAGGGUGCUAGGCGGCUCAGUCUGAGCAGCAACCAGACUGUCGUAUCCGGUGCUGGUCCAUCCAGCGCCACAGUGGAAACACCUAGAAGAACCAAACGAUCCAGCAUCUCGUACAUCUCUUCACCUGCCACUGACGAGGGACACCUCAGCAGAACUCUGUCAAACUCUUCAGCUUCGGGUCGCACACGUACAGGCUCCAUCAGUAGAGCCAAUAUUGCCUCUCGUCGCAACCCAUCUGCUUCCCAAGCUACUAGCGUAACCGGAGACGCAACUAGCGACGCAGACGACUGGCUCAUGAGCGAAGAAGAUACCUCUUUCAGUUCUGCCACCAAAUCCAUGGCCGAACGCGAUUCCGCCAAAGUCGAGGCGCUCUUCAACGACACCGGCUAUCGAGAGGGCAUCACAGCCGGAAAACUGAGCACGCUCCAAGCCGGCUUUGAUCAGGGGUUCAACGAGGUAGGUGCUCCAAUUGGCAAUCAAGUUGGCCUUCUUAGAGGGCAAGUUGCUGCGCUACUCCUCCUCACCUCCCCCACCCUUCCCUCCCUCUCUCCCGUCGCCGCUACUGCUGCGAGAAAAGGAAUCGUGCGAAACCGUGGUGCCAACAGCGGCGCUGCUGCCGCGUCGCUGCCAUUGCUGGUGAAUCCUAGAUUGCAAGAGGCGACGCUCCAAUUGAAGCAGCUGGCGAACGAGCUGGAUGCGGUCAAGUUGGCAGAUUUGGCGGAACCGGAUCAUGAGGCUAUCGAGCACGAGAGACUACAUCAAGAUGGAGCUCAAAUCGGGGAGAUGACAAGCGAAACGGAACGCGACCAGCUGCAUAGGAAAAAUUUAUUGCGAGGGUUGGAGCAGCGAUUGCUGUCGACCUCGCACCGUGCAUCACGACGAACGCUCAGCCUCAGUUCUGACGAAUCGUCCUCCUCGCGCGACCUACUCCGCCUCAUCGCCGAAAAAGAACGCCGUUGUUUCGAGCUCCGCGAAGAACUUGCCUCGGAAGAAGCGUCGCUCCAACAGCUACGUUCGACAUGGCAACGAAUGGCGACGAGAGAGUUAGCCUAUUCUGCACCAUCUCCCACCACCACGCUCUCGUCCCGACACCGUCGUGGUGAAGGAAGCACAGCUUCGAGUACUGGCGACGUCGCCAUCGAAGCAUGGAACACGUUGUCCUCUAAACUUCCGGGAAGCUUCAAAUUGCAGCUCAACAAUCUGCUGGAAAGCAUCGCCAAUGUUGACAAUCCGCCUGCAGAGCCGAUUGAGAAGCAAAGUGCUAUGGCAACCAAGGCUUCGCCGGCGAACGUCGCCUCUUCGGCUGGUACGGAUGCAGCGAUGCUCCGUCCGACGUAUGGCAGCGGUCUGGGCGUGUUGGAGGAAGAAGGGUCAGACGUUGGUAGUGCAGCUCUGUCACCUCGCUCACCGAGAUCGCCAGUCAACUUGGGCGGAGGCAUGCCUGAAAGCAACUCGACCAGUCCGAACUGCACCAUCACCGCGUUGGGGACCGGUCGUGCAACCUGGCAACAGCCAGAGCUGCAACAGCCAGAACUGGCAUCGUUGGCAGUGCAGGACAGUCAAGCGCUUGGAUUCCACGUUGACUCGAACGGAAUCGCGCAUGCUUGCACUGCAGCUUCUGGCAUUCGUCUCAUCGACGCGGACGAAGAAAUUGCGCCGUCUACACCGCCCAAAUCGGAGGAUAGCCAAAACACGAGCUGGACGUCACGUCGAACAUCGGUACUGGGAUCGCUGAGUUCGAGUUUGCAGUCUCGACUGCAAUCUACCUCGACGAGCACCAACGGCAGCGAGGAAACUGCGACGUUUGCAUCCAUGUUCGCCAAACGGUUCAAAGAAGCGCGCGACAAUGCAUCGGACCUGCUUCGCGAAGCGGAACGCAAACUGGGCAAUGCCAUGGCCAUGGACGAGUUUCUGAAUGUCGCGUCUCCGGCGCAUGCAAGCCAACGACCGAGAUCGCCACAGAUUACGCUCGACGAAGCGUCGACUGACACAAUGUACCAACGGCAGGACGCGAUAGCUGAGGAUGGUUCGGCGUGGUACGCUGCAGCAGGAGGUCAGCCGCGCCGAUCGAGUUGCUCUUCGCGCAACGACACGCUUUCGGCGCAAACCAGGGCUUGCGACUCUACACGAACAGAUGGUAUGGCAAGAUUGAGUAUCUCGUCGUCUUCCUCGCACGGCUCGAGAGCCACAGGCGCCGGCAUAUACGCAAGCCCACAUCUGAGCCCUGUAAUCGGCGGCGCUCCAGGUGCAGCAGGCGUCUUCGGUAUGCUGAUGGGUAGUCAAUCCGAUCUAAACAGACGCGCGAGCGGCGACAGUUGGAGCUGGCGCGCCAAUGAUGACGACGACGAGGACUGGCAAGCAAGCGCUCACGAUCGAAGCGGUGGAGCCGCCAAAUUGACAUGA